UAUAAAUCCAGAAUUCGACACUCGCCGAGGUGAUCAUUCGUGGAGUGCUUCUUUGGCAGAAGUAGCCCGAUACAACUUGUUCUCAAAAUGAAGGGUUUCGCAAGUGUUGCCCUCUUGGCCACCCUGGUGUUCAUCUCAGCUGAAGCCCGUCCGAGCGAGGAUGAUCUGAUCGUGGACUUCGCCGUCGGGCGCUCAGAGGAAUACAGCAUGCUGAUAGUUGCCGAUUUCUUGGAGAAGUACGGAAAGAAGCUCGCAAUGGUGGGACGCAUUAUUUCGAAAUUAGGCGACUCGAUGACCGGUUUCGGUCGGUGGCUCAAGACCAAGAGACUUCAAGGAACUCAAGGCGACUUCAGCGAUACGCGGGAUGUCAUCGCCAAAAUUGGCGAAGAACUCAGCGUGAGAACGAUGGUCUCCAGCGAGGCCAAAGUGGCAUCGAGGAUUUUGGCUGCUGCCUGCAAGCAGGUGGCUGAGGACAAGACCGUCCCCGAUUCCCAACUCGAAAACUACUUGAGUGUAUCGCUCGCUGCGAUAUCCGAGAGAAUGAUCUCUUCCAACCUCGACGCUGACGUGGUAGACACCGAGAAGGUCGAUGAAGCCAGCAUCGAGAUCCUCGAGCGAGUCGUUAGCGCUUUCUAGACGGAUAAAUAAAAAAAUACUCAAGUUCCAAUAG